AUGUACAUCCCCAUCCUCCCCCUGGCCCUCAGCCUAGCCAGCACCCUCACCCUCACAUCCGGCCUUCCGGCCCCAUUCCGCUACUCCCCAGAACAAGAACAAUGCGUCCUCAACCUUGACCCUUCAACCGCGCCAAAUGGCACCCGCGGGGCCGUCGCCUCCGAAUCCAAACUCUGCUCCCAAAUCGGCAUCGACAUGAUCUCCCAAGGCGGGACGGCAGCCGACGCCCUCGUAGCAGCAACCCUCUGCGUGGGGGUAAUAGGAAUGUACCACUCGGGCAUCGGCGGCGGCGGCUUCAUGCUCGUCCGCGACGAGCUUGGCCGCCAUGAGGUCAUCGACUACCGGGAGACUGCCCCUUCUUCUGCGCACAAAGACAUGUACAAACAUGAUCGAAACGCCUCAGUGAUUGGGGGGUUGGCGGUGGGGGUGCCGGGGGAGAUUAGAGGGCUGGGGUAUCUGCAGGAAAAGUAUGGGAGGUUGGGGUGGAAGGAGGUGGUGAUGCCUGCUGUCGAGGUUGCGAGGGAGGGGUUUACGGUUGGCGAGGAUUUGGUCAAGUACAUGAAGGCUGCGAGUGCCAAUGAUGACUUUUUGGUGAGCGAUCCGGUUUGGGCGCAGGAUUUUGCGCCGAAUGGGACGUUGUUGGGAUUGGGGGAUAGGAUUACGAGGAAGAGGUUGGCGAGUACGCUUGAGAAAAUUGCCACUGAAGGACCUGAGGCGUUCUACGAAGGAGAAAUCGCCGACUCGAUUAUCAAGACUAUUCAGGAGAAUAACGGGACGAUGACGCAUGACGAUUUGAGAGAGUAUACCAUCCGCAUGAAGCAGCCCCUCAGCAUUGAUUACCGCGGCUUCAAGCUUUACACGACGGUUGCACCCAGCAGCGGCGCAGUCACGCUCAACAUCCUCAAGGUCAUGGAGCAGUUCCCCCCUGAGGACUUGGCAGACAAGAGCUUGACUGCCCACAGGCUCACCGAGGCGAUGAAGUUUGCUUAUGGAGCACGUCAAGAACUUGGUGACCCUGAUUUCAUCAGAGGGUUGACAGCGUUCCAGAAGACCAUGUUGAGCGAGGAGAAGGCCCAACAGAUCCGCAAGAUGAUCAUGGAUAACCAGACCCAGGCUCUGGACGUGUACAACCCACAAUCGGUGUACGCUGCUGAAAGCUCGGGAACCUCUCACCUUGUUGCGUCUGACGAGACAGGCAUGACAGUUACCUCCACCACGACAAUCAACCUGCUUUUUGGGGCAAAAAUCAUGACCGACACUGGCAUCAUCCUCAACAACGAAAUGGACGACUUUUCCCAACCCGGCCGCCCCAACUCCUUCGGCUUCGAGCCCUCGCCCAACAACUUCAUCGCCCCUUACAAGCGCCCCCUGUCCUCCAUCACCCCCCUUAUUGUCGAACACGCCAGCAACGGCUCCCUUUUCUUUGCCACAGGAGCAGCCGGCGGAUCGAGGAUUAUCUCUUCUACGAUGCAAGUUGCCUUUGGGAUCAUGUCCGCCAUUGAUCAGGGACGUAGUGCUGUUGGGGAGAUGUACGAGGCCAUCAAAGCCCCGAGGUUACACCACCAGCUCAUGCCUAAUGUUUUGAAUGUUGAGACGGGGUAUGACGAGAGUGUUUUUGUUGGGUUGGGGAGCAAGCAGCAUAAUGUCUCUUGGAUGGCUCCGGGACAGAGCUCAGCGCAGGGGUUGCUGAGGUUGUAUAACGGGACUUUUGAGGCGGUUGGGGAGACGAGGCAGUUGAACUCUGGUGGUUUGACUGUUUAA